GCACAACGUUGUUUGUUUGCCGCUUCUCUUUCCAUCCCUUUUGACAGUUCAACAGUAUAACGUUUGGUGUGUGUAAACGAUUACAUCUGCAUUUCGUUGUUGUUUUUCAUCAAUUCGUUUGAACUUUUAAGAUUGAAAACAUAACCUCAAACAAGAAGGUUUGCUGAUUCGUUUAGUUUUUGUGUGAAUAGAAAGAGUAAAAUAGAUCCACAAUCAUGUCGAUGGCAAUGCCAAUCAAUCCAAAACCAUUUUUAAAUGGUCUCACCGGUAAAGCCGUUCAAGUUAAACUCAAGUGGGGUCACGAAUACAGAGGAUACUUGGUUUCAGUCGAUGGUUACAUGAACAUGCAAUUGGCAAACACAGAAGAAUACAUCGACGGUCAAUCGACAGGUCAUUUGGGUGAGGUGUUGAUUCGGUGCAACAAUGUCUUGUACAUUUCGGGCAUUAGCGAUGACGAUGAAGAGGGCGAAAUGAGAGAUUAAAUACAAAAUGGCAGUUGCUUUUAGUUCAUAAGGUCUCUUUCUUUAAGCUGUAAUUCAAAUUAAACAAAUCGCAAAGAAAAAAACUCAAUAAACUUUUUUUUGACAUUCUAAUCAAACACAAUCAA